AUGCCCACCGCCCCUUUCCGGCGCCUGGCGCAUGUGGCAGAGGACGCCAAGACGCUGGGUGUGGGCGAUGGAGGCAACGAGGUUGGCAUGGGACGUGUGGUCUCAGUGCCAGGUUGCUCCGAGCUUCGCCCCGAUGGCGCGGCCUUCGCGCCCUUGGCCAGCAACGGUUGUGUGCGCAGCUGUGACAACGCGGUCUUGGGCACGGUCUCCAACUGGGCAGGCUCUGCCAUCGAAGCUGCCUGCCAUGUGCUUUGGCCCGCUCAGGUCGACUACGUUCCCAAGAUGCGUUCGAUUGGAAGCUCCGUGGAGGAGAACUUGCUUCGAGCCAUCAUGGCGAAGCCCACGGUGGCGGUGGAUGGGUCACACAACGAUCGCGCUAUGUCCGUGGAUGGUAUGAACUUUGAACCUCACCACAGGGAGCUCUACGACUACUUGUGGCACUUGGCCGGCGUGACGGCCGCGGCCACAGCCAAGCGACCGAGGAUCGAGGUGUGA